AUGCAUAAAUCAAUAGUUGUCAGCAGUAGACAACAAUGUUUAAUUCUAGGGUUGCUACUUCUACCGUUAGCCCAUAAUGUAGUACUGGCUGCAAGCGAAGAAGAAGGGAUUCCUUCGGUAGAUAUAAAAUCUGCUGGGUUUUGGGGUCAAGUCGUCACUAUUCUUGCUUUGGUAUCAGCGAGUGGCGUAGUUGCAGGCCUUACACUUGGCAUAAUGUCUUUGGACACUACAAAUCUACAAAUCCUACAAAUUGCAGGCUCGCCAACACAACAAUAUCAUGCUUCUAAAAUCUUACCCAUUCGAAAAAAUGGACAUAUUUUAUUAACCACGCUGUUAUUGACCAAUACUGCACUCAAUGAAACGCUUCCAAUUUUAUUCGACAACAUUAUCGGCAAAGGUUUCAUUUCCGUCAUCAUAUCAACCGCUUUACUCGUUCUUUUUGCAGAGAUUUUACCUCAGGCCAUCUUCUCAAAGCACGGUCUGGCCAUCGGUGCUUUCUUUGCCAUUCCGGUCAAGAUAUUCAUUGCUGUUUGGUAUGUAAUAGCAUGGCCAAUUGCAAGGUUUCUUGACUACCUACUUGGAACCCAUUCAGGCUUUAUGUACGAUGUCUCUGAGUUAAGUGCAUUGGUUGAAUUGCAUGAUGAAAGUCGCUCAUCCGAAGGCACAUUGAGGCAGGAAACCGUCAGCAUCAUUCAACGUACGUUGGCUUUGCAACAGAAAACCGCUGCUCAAUUAAUGACGCCUGUCAAUGAUAUGCUAUUAAUGAAAAGCAAUACGGUCAUCACGCCUUCUCAAAUUACACGCUAUCUGGAUAAUGGUUAUUCCCACUUGUUCGUCUACGACAUCAACCGUGAAACCAACAGCGACAGCGAAAUGAUAGGUGAAUCUUUAGAGAUGCAAGAUCGUAACAGUUACAGUAAUUACAUCGUACGAGGCGUUCUAGAUUUGAAGUCUCUAAAUACCGUAGGAAGCGAUGAAUGUCACACUCAAGCUAUCGGUGAAAUGAAGCUAGAGCCAUAUUUGACAGUUUCGUCACGAACUUCGCUAGUUGAUCUUUUGAACCAAGCAUUACGUCUAACCAAGGAGAAAAUCAUACUAGUCUACUACACAAAAGAAGACGUAAACGUAAUGGAAAAAGAACGGGAAGAAGAAGAAAGACGAUUGUUAGCCGUACAGGAAGCUGUUGCUACGAAGCACCAGAAGAAUAUCGGUUGUAAAAUACGUAAAUUAUUUCGCUCCACAUGUCCUGUAUGUCAGCAUAUCAAAUUGAAUAGCACUAGCAGUAAGAGGAAUAGUGAGAUAACGACUACUACAGCCACUACGUCAUUCGAUAACAUGUGCUGUGAUGGAAAUGAAAAAGUAAGAAUUCGCGGCAUCAGCCCCUCUUUGACUUCUCAUCAGAUGACCGUGGCUGGAGGAGGAAAAGAAGAAGCCAUUGUUGGGAGCAGUAGCCUUACAACCAUCAUUGACAAUAUUGGGUUGAUUAUGGAGCCCGGCUUAGUGGGUUGGAUAACCACUACCGAAAUAAUCGAUCAAUUUUUGGGUCAACAUGAGAAAAACAAUAAUAAUAGACCCUAUAUAAAUAUACAGUUAUUCGAUAGUCCUACUGCCACAAAAGAGAGUAUCAGCUGUAAUAAUAGUACCCAAAAUUUGGCAAUCAAGAAAGUCAAUGAAAAGAAUACGGAUACGACAGCACCAUGA